AGACGAGAGAGAAGAUCGAUCAGUUGCAGAAAGAAUACAUCGAUAUCUCCGUUUGUGCUGCUGAAGAAUUUAGCAACAGUGUUGCAGUUAAAAAGUUGUGCUACUCCCUCCUCUGUCUUCCAUCUAAUCUCAAAAAGGAGCAUAGAAGGUUUGUUACUAAAGUGAAAGCCGAAAUAAAACAAGCUGAAUCAGCUGAGGAUAUAAUUGAUGUUAUUGGCGAACACUAUGACUAUCUCCACUACACUCUGUUGAAGUAUGUCGUUGAUCUCUACGGGAGUCAGGACUUGAAAAGUAAAAUGGCAAACUAUGCCGAGAAGACGAACGGGUUUCAGGAAGGAAACAAGGCUUGAGAUAUUUUCAGAGGUUUGUGCCGAUGAGCCAGAAGAUAUCAACGGAAGGUUUACCACGAUGGUAAGUAAGCACCAAAUGGACUGGAGAACCGCUACACUGGAAGAUGUUGAGAAGUUUCGCAUUCAAGUCUGCCGGGAGCUGUCCUUGUAUGACUUCUCCCUCAACCUCGUGAAAGUGGCUCGAGGGUGUGUGGAGGUGACAUGGCGGGUUCCUCGUUCUCUGGUGACCUACAUCCAGAACUCUGUCAAGCCCAGCAGUCACAGCAUGAUGGAGCAUCACGUCACCACUCUCACCAUUGACGGAUUCAUCGUCUACGACUCCUCUUUUGCCAUGCAGUUGGAGUACAAGGUGAUUCGACUACAGAUUCAGGCUAUUGAUACCAAUUACAGCUACCUGUUGGAGGAGAUGUCACCAGAUGAAGUAGUGCCACACAUGGUGCGACGAAGGCUGCUGACACAGCCACAAGGAGAAGAAGUUUGGGCAAAGAGCAGUCAACUAGAGAAAGUACAUAUAAUAGUAGAGGCACUCCAAAACGCUAAGAAUAUAGUUGUGGGGAGGUUCCCAACAUUCUGUAUGGCUUUGGCUAAUGCGGGACAGUUACAUGUUUCAGAGAGACUCCGUAACAAGUUCCAGAGUCUCCUGAAGGGUGAGGCAGUCUCCCACCAACAAGAGGAAGAUAAAGUCAUGAUCUCUGGAGAGUCAAGUACCGAGCCCUCUCCUCCUUCUCCAGAUAGCCGCCUCGUCACUGCUCAAUUGGAGGGUUCUACCCUCACAAGAGCACAGUACAACACCAUACACAGCCUCACCAGCUCCCUACUCCGUAUCCCCACUGGUAAUCUGGUGUAUGAUGGCCACACCCUAAAUCCACUCACUCUUCACUGGCACUACAAUACUUUUGGUGAUGUGUCCAUUUUCCUCUCUCAUUACACUGCAAUGGCACAGGAGGGUAUUAGAAAAUUUUUUGUGAGAGGAAGGGAGAUUAUCAUUCUUCAUUUAAAUGUAAGUGAAACACUGUAUGGAUUGUGUGCCUGGUGCCCAUGUAUAUAUACACAGGAGAUGGAUCUUCUCAAUGCUGCAUAUGAUGGGGAUAUAAAGUCAUUGGAUUGCGCUCUGGGAGCUGGAGUGCCAGUUGAUUGUCGGAUUAGUUAUGGGAGGAGUUCGCUGAUGUAUGCAUCUGAGAAUGGACAUGUGGAGGUGGUGGACAACUGCAUCUCUGGAUGGACAUGUGGAGGUGGUGGACAAGUUAAUACAACAUGGAGCCACAGUUGAUCUUCAAGAUAAGAAUGGGUGGAGUUCACUGAUGACUGCAUCUCGGAAUGGACAUAUGGAGGUGGUGGACAAGUUAUUACAACAUGGAGCCACAGUUGAUCUUCAAUAUCUGGAUGGGAGGAGUUCACUGAUAAUAGCUUCUCAGCAUGGACAUGUGGAGGUGGUGGACAGGUUAUUACAACAUGGAGCCACAGUAGACCUUAUUACCAAGUACAAUGACACAGCACUGUUGCUAGCCUGUCUGAACAAUGACUUGACCACAGCUUCUGUCCUCCUGAGAGCUGGUGCUUACCCAAAUGGCUGCAAUAACCGUGGACAGACUCCACUGCUGCAGGCUGUAAGACACAAAAACCUGGCAAUGGCCAGAGAUUUGGUACAAGCUAAUGCUGAUGUGAACCAAAUGGAGCAGGGAGGACUCUCUCCUCUGAUGAUGUGUUGUGAACAAGGAAAAUCAGAGAUGGCAAAACUGCUACUUGACUCUCAAGCUAACCCUAACCUCCAGCAAUCAGAAUACUGGAUACACAGCUCUGAUGUUUGCCUGCAAGGGAGGUCAUCUGGACACAGUGAAGGUCCUAAUGGAACAUGGAGCUGACCCACUGAUCAGGAAUUCGGCGGGUGUGACAGCAUUGGGUGUUGCAUCUGCUAAUGAGUUUCCUGAUGUGUGCAAUGAACUAAACCACUGGGGGCAGCCAGAUAGCACCACUGAUGUGGAGCAUCCUGAGACUUCCACAGCAAAAGGGGAAGUAGAUGAAGUAGUCAGUAGGUUCCAAGGACAGAUGUUGGAGGAAGCUCCCUACGACAACAGGGAACAAGAGGAAGUGGUGGAGGGAAAGAAGGUUCCAAAAGGAGAUUACAAACGAUACUUGGAGAUUCGUGCAUUAGGAGCCACUCUGUGGAGAACUGGGAAAAGGAAAGUUAAAGCAGCAAUAGAAACAUUGUACUCUAACCUUAACUGAUAUUACGUGUGUCUGUUUAUUACCUGAAUAUCUUGGUUGUUGACAUAAUCAAGCGUAGCUAGUCAUCAAAGUACCACAAUACGACAGCGGACAUAGCUACUUGGCAAAUUCUGCUGAAUUGUUCCAGCAAAAAGCAAAACUGGAUCAAGGAUAGUUAAAACAAUGGCAGUGAAGGAUGUGUACAGUUGUGAGACACUAGUACCACUAAUUAAUGAUUCUCGUCUUGGUCACAGGG